UUUUUUUUUUUUAAUUUUAAUUUUUGAUGUGAUAUAUUUGACAUCAAAAGAUUAAAAGAUAUGUUAAUAUAUUUAACACAACAUAACUAUAAAAUUCAAUUUUUUUAUUUUUUUAAAUUUCGUAAUAAAAAAAAGAGAUUCAUUUUUGUUAAAUGGAGGGAGGGAGUAAUAAAUAAUUAAGGAAAGUGGUUUUAGGAAAAUUUGAUUUAAGCUGUCUGUUUUCUGGAAUGCAUUGGUAUUUUUAAUUUGAGAAAUACAAAAGAACAUCAGUGGAGAAAGAAGAAAGUAUGGAGGAAAUAGGAUUUCUGGGGAUGGGUAUUAUGGGAAAAGCAAUGGCCAUCAACUUGCUGCGCCAUGGUUUCAAGGUUACUGUUUGGAAUCGCACUCUCUCCAGGUGUGAUGAGCUAGUGCAGCAUGGAGCCUCUGUUGGAGAAACUCCUGCAGCAGUAGUCAAGAAAUGCAAGUAUACAAUUGCAAUGUUGUCUGAUCCAGCUGCAGCUCUUUCAGUGGUUUUUGACAAAGAUGGUGCUCUUGAGCAGCUAUGUGGUGGAAAGGGGUAUAUUGACAUGUCAACCGUUGAUGCUGAUACUUCUUCAAAGAUUAGUGAGGCCAUUACAUCAAAGGGUGGUUCUUUCCUUGAAGGUCCAGUUUCAGGGAGCAAAAAGCCAGCUGAAGAUGGCCAACUAGUAAUCCUAGCGGCUGGUGACAAGGUAAAAUUAUUUAGCAUAAUGGAAGCACACUCUUAUAUUACCUCCGUAUUUCUCUCUGGUUUUGCAUGAAUUUGAGGUUCAACUUGCGAAAACGAUAGCCGUGAGAUUGCUAAAAGAGAUCUAAAGGUAGAUAAAUAGCUACAAGAAACUAGCCACUUAAAGCAAAUGUCAUGGAUAGCUUCCCAAGUGUAAAUUGGUAUAGCACUAGUGUCGCACAUUGGGUUAACAUAGCAAAAGUUAUUCAGGUGUAUGAAAUUUGUGUUACAUCCAUUCUCUCGUAUUCUUCUCCUUAUCUUCCACAAAAAGAAAGCAAUGUAGAAGGAGUAUUCUUCUUCUUAUCUUCCACAGAAAGCAAUGUAGAAGGAAUACUAUGUCAAUUUUAUCACUAUCUACCCCUCAAACUGUAACGAAGAUGCAAGUUAACAUAGCAAAAUACGUACUGAAUGACUUAUCAAACGUGCCAAUGGUGUGUCCACUUAGUGCUGCACGUUGAAAGAAAAGUAUUUUUGUUCGUUGAAAAAAUUCGACCAACAGAAUUGAGGGAGAGUAAUAUUUAUUUGUGUAUUUUUUGUGGGUCGAUUUGGCAGGUUAGAUUAUGGUGCGUUUUAUUUUUAAAAAACGAGUCAUUUAAUGUUGAUUUGAGUGUUUCUAUUAAAAGAAUGGUACAUGUGAAAAGUGUCUUAACAAAGAGGAUAAAUUUAUUCUCAAAGCAUAACAUUGAGGGUAAAUUUGGCCCCAAAGUAUGAUAUCAAGGAUAAAUUUGACCCGAAAGUACGAUAAAUGGUAUAUUUGGCCAGUUUUUUAAAGUAGAGGGAUAAAUUUGACCCUUUUCCCUAAUUUAUUUGAUAUCUAAAUAAUCUUGCCUUUGAGGAAAGACUUAACCAAAGACUUUCAAACUACAGGUUAUGGCACAUGGGUAGGAGUUGACACUACCACAUUAUGUUUUUAGAACCCGUUUGGAUAAGCU